UCUCCUGUCGCUUCCGUAAAAUGCAGUCAAGGCGAUCUAAAAUAGUCCCUUUCUUUGGUUAAAUUGUGAACGUGAACGUUCCCUUUUCAUUUGAUUGUCUUUGUGCUGUUACUUUCGUUUUAAACGUUUAAAUUGAAACCUGGCCCGAUACGAAUAGUUUCCUUUAGCUCUUGUUGGAGCAGCCGGAGACCAUCUGACGGACUGCGUCUUAAAGAAAAGUUUCUGAAAGAUUUAGUAAAAAUGUCUAGAGUCCAAAUGCUGAGAUGUUUAGUGAACCAGAGACUGACUGCGGCUGUUGAAGAGGUAUUUGAGCUUUUUGAAAGAACUAUAGCAGAAUAUGAGGAGCAGCUUAGUCGAUCAAAAGAGGAAAACGAGCGACAACAAAAACUACUGGAGGCUGUCACCAACCCUGAUGUCCAGUUACACGGAACGGAAGUCCAGAAACUGACAGUAAGAAAAGAAGAGGUUCAACCUGAGCUGCAGGAAAGGAGCACCAAUGUAAACCAGGAAGAGCCACCUGAACCAGCACACAUUAAAGAAGAACAGGAGGAAAUGUGGAGCAAUCAGGAGAAAGAGCAGCUACAAGGAGUAGAGGGGGCUGACUUCAGCAUGUUCACAUUCACCCAUUUCCCUCUGAAGAGUGAAGACGCAUAUGUAGAGAAGCCGCAGUCCUCACAUCUUCACAAAAACCAAACAAAAGAGGAAAGAGAUACAGAAAAUUUGAAAACAGAAGCUGAAGGAAUGCACUGUGGAGGAUCAGAAGACUUUAAUCCAGACAGUCAUUUACAGCCGGUCACUUCUGACAAGACUUUACAUCUUCCUAGGUUUGAUACUGAUCAUAGCUGUGAUUGGGAGAGGCAUGAUGAGCCUCAGGAAGGUUUAAACCCUCUGCAGAACAAAGGCGUAUCUUUCAGUGAUAUGAUUUAUAACACUGGAAAUACAUCAGUUAGCCUGUCUGAAUGUGCUCUAAGUUUUGGACAAAACAAACAUCUGCAGGAGCGCAAAGGGGUUCACUUAGCAGAGAGACCAUUUUGUUGCUCAGUUUGUAGUAAAAGAUACCCAAGUAAGACACUUUUGCAAAGGCACAUGCAACGUCAUUCAGUAGUUAAGCCUCACAGCUGCUCAGUUUGUAAGAAGAGUUUUAUCAGGAGAGCAGAGCUUGUGAUCCACAUGAGAGUCCACACAGGAGAGAAACCAUUCAGUUGCCUAAUUUGCGGUAGAAGAUUCACAACAAGUGGAUCUCUAAAGAGUCAUUCCAUUCUUCAUACAGGGGAGAAACCAUUUAGUUGCAAUCUUUGUAAGAGAAAAUUCACAUGGCUAAGGUCUGUCAAAAUACACAAGUGCAUUUUAAAGACCAGCAACAGUUAAUAAAUCCCUUGAGAUACUCAAAGUGGACAGCCAAAUCUGACAUUUACUGUUUUCAAUGUGAUAUGAUUUCUGAAGGACUUGAAAAUAGCUCAAAAUGUAAACAGAGAAACAGCAAUGUCAAAGAAGAGUGAUGAAAUUGGUGCUGUAAGGUGCGACUCUAAGACAGAGAAAAAGUCUGUCACACUGUUGACAACCAUUUACCUUUUUGUUGUUGUAAAGGGAAAACUGUGGCUGAUUCAAAAAGUGAACUCUGGAAAGAAAUAGCAGACAUUCUUCGGCAACUCACUGAGACAUAAUCAUACGCAUUAGCAUCAAGCUAUCUUGUAAUUCAUCUUAAUGUUUAGGGAGAUGAACAAUAAUAGUAUGAGACUGUAAAUACAGUAUGUUUGUUUACAAUCUUUCCAGCCGCUCUACCUUCUAAAUCUCAGCACAUCAGUCACAAUGACUGAUUGUGGACUUUGUGUAGUCUGUGAUUAUGUCGGUCAAGUCUAGGCACAAAUUAAAGCUCUGUGAUCAUCGUAACACACAAAAAAAUCAUGUGGUCUUACCUUGGCUUAAAGUUACCUGAAAAUGAAGUCAAAAUUUUCAGGCCUCUAUACAGAACUUGGAUGCUACAUAUUUGUGAGGUAGAGUUAUGAUUUCCGUAAUUAUUCUUAAAUUUAAUUUAAUACUUUUAAAUUUAACAAUAAACCUGAAGUUGACUUCCAAGACAUAUCUCUCUCCCCCUUUUGUCUUAAUUUGGUUACUUACAACUCUCUUGGUGUUAAAAAAAAAGUUAAAAGACAAAAAUGUAAACAUACCAUGAACAUAGAAGUGUAAAAACUUGCAACAAUGUGUGUCUUUGUCUCAAAAGUUCUAAGAUGUGUUUUUGAAUGAGUGCAUGAACAAUGCAAAAAAGAAAAAAAAAAAAAAAUAGA